AAUAAAGCAUUCCAGGCAAUUUCAACAAUUACAAAAUCUUCACCAUCUAACAUUUGAACCGUUGAAAAAACUACAAUACAUAGUAAAUACAAACUAUACGAACAAAUAUAACACGUACAUGCACAACAAUAUCAUACAAGUAUUUCCAAAAAUGAAAUCAAUAUUUUUUAAAUAAAUUUUUUUUUCGAAGACCUAACUUUGGUAACUUUUAGCAUCCACUAAAAGCCCGGUAGAAAAAUAUUAUACCUCAUUAAAAUGAGAAGAAUGGAUAGAUUAUGUACAUAUUUUUACUUUUUUAGUAAAUUGUAUAUUAUAAUUAAUAAUGAUAUGUGAAACAAGCUUAAUUUCGAACUUCGAGGACAAGUAUAUGUCACUUUAAUAUAGCAUUUAAGAACACUGGAAGAAAUCAAUGUCUGUCAAAUACAAAAGCCUUAACUGUUAAUAGAUACAUAUGUAAUACAUAAUACAGAAGUCCCAUAAUUUGUAGUAGUACCCAUAUAGUAUACAUGGUGAUUUAAUCUAAACUAAUGUUAGUUUGCUAUGUAGGUAUAUGCGUCCGUUUUUUUUUUAGUGUCAUAUCUCUUAUACGUACACCAUGGAGCAAGUAUUUAAACUUACUUAUCAAAAGGCAAAAACAAUAACUCAGUGGGCACUGUUCAGAAGAUACAAUACUAUAUUAGACAUAAGUAUUAAAGCAAACACUUUCUCAUUUCAAAUAAAAUAAAUUAUCGCAUGAUCUUUGGACAUUCCUCUAUUCCAAAUGGUAUAUAAAGUGGUAUAUUCACUAUUUUGGAGCAGUCCCAUUCUUAUUAUUGGAAAAGCAAAUUUUACAGAAAUGUACUUCAAACAAGUAUUCAUUUUAAGCUUCAUCUUUUUUGCGAGCGUCAGUGCUCGUUCAAUACGUGAGGUUGCAUCUAAUCAAGAAGCUCCAUCGAUUUUGAAUUUAUUUGAGACUAUUAAUGAGAAUUUUAAGAAAUUUGGAGAUACGGUUUCAAAGUCAUUUAACGCACAAAAGUUUGAAGAAAGUGGACGAGAUGUUGCUAAACAAUUAGAUGAGUGGGGUGCAAAUAUCAAAAAAGAGACUGAAAACUUAAAAGAUAACGAAGCUGUCAAGAGUUUAAGAGAAUCUGUAGAUAAAGCUUUAGAAGAAAUCAAACAAUCGCCUGAUGUAAAAGUCGUACUUGAAAAAUAUAAAACUGGAGCAGAUGCGUUUUUAGUCAAAAUAAACAAAAUAAAGGAGACUGAAGAACCAAAGUUGCAGGGCCUUUCCCAGAAGAUUUUGGAACAAACCACUACAACACUGCAGGAUAUUGCCAAUAUUUUUCAACAAGAUGUAAAACAAUAAAUUAAUGCUUUAAUAUAGCUGCGCGAAAAAUACCUAAGUGCAUAUUUUCUUAAAAAAUAAAAUUUAAAGUGACUAUUUACGAUCGUGA